AGUGUGAGUCGGUGAGUUGAUGAAUAAAUGUAGCAGCUGCUCCAGGAAAGCUGAAGUGUGUUUGUUAGGUUCAAAUCAACCUGAUAUCUGAAACAUGUCCUGGAUGUGUUGACCUCGAGCUUCGGUUAUUAGGAGUUCACCAGGUUUCAGGUCUGUUCUUCAGUAACAGACCCAGGGGAGCGGAGACCCGGUGGUCCGUUGAGUAAACUCUUGAUUUCUUAACGCUUGACAGGAUUUACCUCCACCUGUGGGGGUGGAGCACUUUACAGAAACACUUUCGGUUUGCAUUACCCAAUGUUCACAGUGGAACUUAGAGUGUGUGAGGCUACAGUCUGAACUCUGCAGAGAUCGGAGCUGCAGAGUCUGAUCCUCAGCUGCUCUGACUCUGUGUCAUGAGUCCAACCAGCUGUUAACUGGUCUCUUCUUCCAUUGAUCCACAGUCAGUUCUCACAGAAUGAAAGACAGAUGUCUGUGUUCAAGUCUCUGGUUGUGUGGAUCCUCAUCAUGUGGACUUUCACCACAGCAGAUGAUGAGGUCUCCUGCUUUUUAGAGGAGAGCUGCAUCUUACCCUGCAGUUUUCAACCUGGUCCAGACCCAGUCAUCCACUGGAUGCAGGUGAAACCAGGAAACACUCGUGUCCACUCCUACUACAGUGACAGAGACCAGUUUGCACACCAGGGCGGGCGCUUCAGAGGCCGGACAUCGCUGUUCACAGAUCAGAUCUCCAGAGGAAACGCCUCGAUGAGGCUGACAGGGCUGAUGCUUCAGGACCAGGGCAGAUACGAGUGUUACACCAGCACCAUCACUGGAGUCAGGGAGGAGUCAAUUAUCAACCUGAGAGCAGCUGCUCCGGUGCAUCACGUGGACAUUGAGCAGGUGGAGGACAGCUUCACCUGCCGCUCAGAGGGGAUCUACCCCGAGCCGCAGCUCACCUGGUCCACCAGGCCUCCGUCCAGCUUCACCCUUCAGAGCCAAACCUCAGUGAAGGAGACGGAGCAGCAGCUCUAUGAGAUCAGCAGCACACUGACACUGUCAGACAGAGACACUGUUCUGAUCUGCAGCAUCAGCACUCGCCAUGGCAGGAGGAGCGCGGUGUGGUAUCAACCCACUCCCGUCCCUGUGUCCCCGUUUAAAACAACAACAACAAUCCACUGCACUGCUCCAAACACCAAACCCCCGACACAUUGGGUGUGGAAAUUCAACCACAGGCAGAUCAUUGUGAACCAGACCGGGGUCGACGGCCUCCACAGCGUCUCAGAGCAGUGGAGGCAGCAGGUGGAGGAUGUGUCAGCGUCAGGCAGCCUCACGCUGCACCACUUAUCUUCAGAUCACCAGGGAACGUUCACCUGUGAACUCAGUAGUGAAGAGGAGACGCACUUCAUCAACAGCUACGUGACGAUAGACAAAGCUGCAGCAAUUGGGGUCGGAGUCCUCGUUGUGUGUGUAGCAUUAGGAGCUGGAGCAGGAUUCUUCUUCUUUAAAAGACUAAAGAGAAAACGGAUCAUCCACAAUCAGAUUCUUCAGAUGACACAUUUACAAUACAGAUAUGGUGAACUCCCAAAGACUCAGUGUAAAGUUGUGGCCUCUGUCCUGAAGUCAGACCGCUCAAUUCUGGUAGAACUGGAUCUGAGUGACAACGAGCUGCUGGAUUCAGAUGUGAAGCUGCUGUGUUCUGGACUGAAGAGUCCAAACUGUCGACUGGAGACUCUGAGGUUGAUGAACUGCAGUCUGUCAGAGAUCAGCUGGUCUUCUCUGGCUUCAGCUUUGAGGUCAAACCCCUCUCAUCUGAGAAAACUGGAUCUGAGUGACAACGACCUGCAGGACUCAUCAGUGAAGGAGCUGUGUGGUUUUCUACAGAGUCAAACCUGUCAACUGGAGACUCUGAGGUUGUGGCGCUGCAGUCUGUCAGAGAUCAGCUGUUCUUAUCUGGCUUCAGCUCUGAGCUCAAACCCCUCUCAUCUGAGAGAACUGAAUCUGAGUGGGAUCGGCCUGCAGGACUCAGGAGUGAAGGAGCUGUGUGGUUUUCUAGAGAGUCCAACCUGUCGACUGAAGACUCUGAGGUUGUGGAGCUGCAGACUGUCAGAGAUCAGCUGUUCUUCUCUGGCUUCAGCUCUGAGCUCAAACCCCUCUCAUCUGAGAGAACUGGAUCUGCGUAACAACGACCUGGAGGACUCGUCAGUGGAGGAGCUGUGUGGUUUUCUACAGAGUCUAACCUGUCGACUGGAGACUCUGAGGUUGUGGCGCUGCAGUCUGUCAGAGAUCAGCUGUUCUUCUCUGGCUUCAGCUCUGAGCUCAAACCCGUCUCAUCUGAGAAAACUGGAUCUGCGUAACAACGACCUGCAGGACUCAUCAGUGGAGGAGCUGUGUGGUUUUCUACAGAGUCUAACCUGUCGACUGGAGACUCUGAGGUUGUGUCGCUGCAGACUGUCAGAGAUCAGCUGUUCUUCUCUGGCUUCAGCUCUGAGGUCAAACCCCUCUCAUCUGAGAGAACUUGAAUUGAGUGGAAACAACCUGCAGGACUCAUCAGUGGAGGAGCUGUGUGGUUUUCUACAGAGUCCAACCUGUCGACUGGAGACUCUGAGGUUGUGUCGCUGCAGACUGUCAGAGAUCAGCUGUUCUUCUCUGGCUUCAGCUCUGAGGUCAAACCCCUCUCAUCUGAGAGAACUGGUUCUGAGCUACAACGACCUGCAGGACUCAUCAGUGGAGGAGCUGUGUGGUUUUCUACAGAGUCCAACCUGUCGACUGGAGACUCUGAGGUCAGAAAACAUGUUUUAA